GGGCGGGCCUUGCCCUCCUGGAAGGAUUGACUCGUCUCAGUUUGUUUCAGUGAAACAAGCGCUGGAGCUGGACGCGUUUCGCGGCCGGACAACCGCCUCUCCGCUCUUUUUUUUAUGCGGGGAGAAAUUAAACCCGCCCUCCACCGUGUCGCGCGGUGAAUCCCGGCAGGACGCGUCUUCUCAGGAUGCUUCAGAGGAGAGCUGCGCAGGGAUUCCUCCGCUGAACAUGGGAGAACAGGGCGUCUGUGACGAUGAAGGCUCCUUCGUUUUUGUUUUGAACGCGGGCCACCCACCGAAUCACUGCAGCCGUCGGCGUGAAUCGCUCCAGGCGCCGCUCCUAUGAGGAUCAUUGCGCAGUGCAGUGAGGACCGGGUCGCUUCCGAACUGCUGCUGAAUAUAUUACCUAAUCAGCCGGUGCUGAAGCGGUGAUAAAUUCCGGGUGCAGCCCGCACACACUCACGCACUGCUGAGCGUAUUGCUGCAUUGUUGUGUAUGUAAACUGCUUUGUCCGGCGGUGGGAGCCGCUCACAGGUCACAGAUGAGAGGUAAACAGUAUCAUCAUCCCCUAAAGUUGACAGCGCCCUGGGAGAAGGAUGCCGGAUUUGGCAGGAAGCUCAAAACUUACCGGAAUCAUACCAAGAUAAUCGCACAGCCGGGGAUCGUGAUGAAAGUCCUCCGCAGGAAAAGGAUUGUGUUAUUUAUGGCCUAUUUCUUACUGCUGGCCCUCACCAUGCUUAACCUGGCCAAUUAUAAAUGGACCAAGGAGCCCCAGCAGUGUAACCACCAGAUGCGGAGCGCCACUUAUCAGAGCAGGUCUGACAUCCGAUUCCUUUACAGGCCCUCUCUGGCCAAAAAGAGACAGCUCAUUUACGUUCUGACCACCUGGAGGUCGGGCUCCUCCUUUUUCGGGGAGCUUUUCAACCAAAACCAUGAAGUGUUCUUCUUGUAUGAGCCGAUGUGGCACAUCUGGCAGAAGUUGUACCCGGGGGAUGCCGUCUCACUCCAAGGGGCGGCCAGAGACAUGCUAAGCUCUUUGUACCGCUGUGAUCUGUCCGUUUUCCAACUUUACAACAGCCCCGGGGGAAAGAACUUUACCUCCUUGGGAUUAUUUGGGGCCACCUUGAACAAAGUGGUGUGCUCCUACCCCCUCUGUUCUGCCUACAGGAAAGAUGUGGUGGGGAUGGUAGACGAUAAGGUGUGUAAAAAGUGCCCCCCUCAAAGCCUCCGCCUGUUGGAGGAGGAGUGCCUGAAAUACAACACCGUAGUGAUUAAAGGAGUUCGCAUUCUGGACGUAAACGUCCUGGCCCCACUCAUGGAGGACCCGUCCUUGGAUUUGAAGGUGAUACACCUGGUCAGAGACCCUCGGGCAGUGGCCAACUCCAGGAUCAAAUCCAGACACGGGCUCAUAAGGGAGAACCUGCAGGUGGUCCGCAGCAGGGAUCCCAAACUCCGCCGGAUACCUUUCGUGGAUCCGGGCCACAAAGCCAACAAAAAGGACGGCUCCGACUAUCACUCCAUCGGAGCCAUGGAGGUGAUUUGUGACCGCACGUCCAGGACUUUGAGGACUGCCUUAAACCCACCCAGCUGGCUGAAGGGGAAGUACAUGGUCGUACGCUACGAGGACCUGGUCGAGAACCCAGUUAAGACCCUGAGGAACAUCUACCGCUUUGCCAACCUCACCACCAACCACGACAUCGAAUCGUUUGCAUUAAACAUGACCAGCGGCUCCAGUUCCUCCUCCAAGCCAUUUAUCGUCUCCUCCAGGAACGCCACACAGGCUGCUAGCGCCUGGAGAACAGUGCUCAGCAUCCAGCAGAUCAAACAAGUGGAGGACUAUUGCCACCACUCCAUGUCUGUUCUCGGGUACGAGCGAGUGAGAACAGCCAUGGAGGCCAAGGACUUGAGCAAACCACUACUGUCCCGCUCCAAGAUUUAGAAAAAACAAACAAUAAAACCCACUCCGCCAAAGACCUUUAAUCAAUGUCCAUUUUGCUUUUUUCUCUUCUUGUGGAAUUAAAAGCUUUACUUUCUGUGUUCAUGAAGCUCCACUGGCCACAUCAGGAAUGUAUCGCUGCCCUCAGUCAGGCUGCAGGUGAAUGCGAAGGAAUCAAUUCUUUUAUUACUCAUUAGCAGAGCCUGAGAACUUGAUUACUGAAGCUGCACCCACAGAAAUAAAAAAAAAGCAGGAAAAAAUCUUUGAUUCACGUGUCUUGUUAAUACGACACAAACAAUUGGAUGUUUUUGGGUUAUUUUUGAAUGUUUAAAUCUUUAAAGGUGUGUGUGUUUUUUUUUAGCUCUCCGUAAUGUCUAAAUGGAUUAAAAAAAGAAAAAAAAAAUCUUUUUGAAGACCAGAAAUCAGAGACAAUCAGUGAAUUGGUUUGUUGAUGUGCCAUAGAGGAUUCCUCCGAGCCACCAGUACUGCUUUAUCGAAAUAAAAAACCCAGAUCAGAGGACUUUGUUUCUUUAAAUGAUGGUUUCUGACACCUAGACCUUUGUGGGAUAAUAACAUACUGUGGACAUUA